ACAACAGUGCAUGUAUUCUGCACGGAAAAUGGUGCACACUUGAAUCUCCGUGAAUCAGAGACCAGCGUAUCAGCGGAACAAAUCGAGGAAGUAUGGUCAUCCAAGUUACCUUCGCUAGAUCGAUCGACGAAGGGAAUUGCUAAAUGUAGCGCGAAGGGAAAAGAAAGAUUUGGUGUGGUCGUCGUCGUGUUGAAUGUGUUUUGUCCCGUGCGUGUGUGAUUUUUUGUUUAACGAUUUAAUUUGUGUGUUGUGUUUAGUUCCGUUUGGUGAAGAGAACCAUGUCGUCCAGUGAAAUAGAAGAGUUUGUAAACGGGACACUAGUUUCGUGGAUUGAAUCGUGCUUACCGCGGCAUGAAAUAAUCGCCGGAUACGUGUCACUGCUCGAUGGCACGAUAUUGCACAGCGUGUACCUCCAGAUCGACCCCGAGCCACAGCAUCAUCCGGCAAAGAUACGCGGCACCACGGAAGUGCUGACCUCGCUUGCCGCAGCUCGAACGCGAAAUUUUGACGCCAUCGUGAAGAACCUGCGCAAUCUGUACGAUGAAGAGCUUGGUCAAACCAUCCUGACGCUUCCGGACUGCUCGGUGUUGGGCCAUUCGCCCGAAUCCCGGGCCGGUCUGGAACAGAUGAAACUCCUCAUUACGUUGCUCCUUGGGGCGGCAGUCCAGUGUCCGAACAAGGAGAUAUUUAUCGCCCGCAUUAAAGAGCUGGACGUAAACACGCAGCACGCAAUCGUGGAGGUGAUUAAACAGGUUACGGACAGCCAGACACUGGUCCUCACGCAGGAAGCCCUGGAACAGCUCUCCCCCGAGUUGAUGUGCAAACACAUUGUACGAUUAGCGAAGGAACGCGACCAGUACCAUGGCAAAUGGAUGUCCUCCUUCAUCACCGACAGUGAGCAGCAAGCGCUCGUAAACAGUUCCAGCUCCAAGAGCAGCCUCCACAAUGCAUCAUCCGCAUCGACCAGUACGGCCAAUACACCGUCGACCACGUCCGAGAACAACCAUCUCGCGGUGGAGCUGGCCGACUACAAAUCGAAGCUGCGGAAGUUGCGCCAAGAGUUGGAGGAAAAGUCGGAACUGCUUAUGGAGGUAAAGGAGGAGCUGGACCACAAGUGUAACCAGUAUGAGAAGCUGCGCACGGAAAGCCAGGACUGGUACUCCGAGUCGCGCCGCGCUGCAGCGUAUCGCGAUGAGGUGGAUGUGCUCCGGGAACGUUCCGAACGGGCCGAUCGGCUCGAAAUUGAAGUACAAAAAUUGCGCGAAAAGUUGUCGGACGCUGAGUUUUACAAAACACGCGUGGAAGAAUUGCGCGAAGAUAAUCGGAUGCUGUUGGAAACGAAAGAGAUGCUGGAGGAACAGUUGGCACGGUCUCGCAAGCGCAGCGAUCAGGUGAUGACUCUCGAGGCAGAAAUUAUCAAGUUCAAGCAAAUGAUGAACGAUAUGACGCUGGAGCGGGAUGUGGACAAAAGCAAACUGCAGGAAUUGUUGGAAGAGAACGUACAGCUGCAGCUGGCCACGAAGAAUCUAAUGGCCGGCCCGGAUGCAAAUGUGGCGAACCAGGCUCAAUCCGACACAGACACAGACGAUCUUCCAUCAAACGACAACAGUCUCUCGGAACAGUUAACCACUAACGCUCAAACUCGUGCGCUAAAGUUGGAGCUCGAAAAUCGUCGAUUACUGGCCGCAUUGGAUAGCCUGAAAGAAUCAUCCUUCCAUGAAAACUCCAACAAGAUCCUGGAGCUGGAGAAGGAUAAGAAAAAACUGUCACUGCGCCUGGACCAAACGCAGGAAAACUGUAACCGGCUAGUACAGCAAAACUGCGAGCUGGAAAACGUGUUUAAGAAUGCGCUUGAAGAAAAUAAGAAGCUGCAAGACGCGAUCGAUUCGAAGCAGCAAAUGAUCGAUCGGCAGACGCACGAUCGUGAGCUGGACCGCAUACGGCAGAUCGAUCUGGAAAAGCAAAUCGAAUCGCUGACGAAGGAUAAACAGCGGGUGCAGAAUCUGUUCGAGAGUAUACAGCGCCGCACGAUCGAUCUGGAGCGUUCCAUCGACACCAAGAGUAAGGAAAGUGUGCAGCUAAACGAACGGUUGAAGGAGCUGGAAGAUGUGCGCAAGGAGCUGUAUGAUUUGCGAGGCAAGUGCUCCACCGUGGAGCGUGAAAACGUGAACCUCAACAAGGAACUGGUUAAGUACAAGGAAGUGUUGGAAAAGUGUGAACACGAUCUCGACACAGUCGGUGGUCAGCUAGACGCGAAGGAGAAAGAAAUCGAACAACUUGCCAAACAGGUUGACGAAAGUUCGGGUGUGCUGGUAAAAUUACAGGAUCUCGAGAAGGAAAAUCAAGAAUUGCUCUCUCAGCAGAAAAUGCACUCCGAUACGAUCGCUACGCUACAGAAAGAUCUUUACGAUGGAACGAUGGCAACGAAGAAGGUAAAACAAAACCUCGAGCGGCUCGGACUGAACGAUAACGAGCUUGAGCGGAACGACAUGAACGUGGAGGUGUUUGUGGAAAAGCUUUGCAAGAAUCCGGAAUCCUUCAAAACGGUGCGUGAGAUAGUGCUGAAUGUGGUGGGCAAGGAUCAGGGAUCCUCGUCGGGUGGCACUAAAUCCGCCGAUAUCUGUGUUCUAUGCCAUCGUCAGGAGAUAUACACUGUUGAGAAGAACAUCGAAUUUUCGAACUGUGACGAAAUGGUCCCCGACACCGCAACAAAUGUAUCCGAGCUGGAGCAAAAGUUGGAACAGUUGAAGCAAGAGCAUACUUCGCUGCUCGCUGCACAGGAAUCGUUGCAGGAAGAGAACGCUCGGCAAAAGGUGAAAGUGGCAACUCUGGGGUCACAGAUUGCGUCACUCAACACACAGCACGUUGCGUUGCAGUUAGCCAACUCACAGCUGGCCGUCGAGAAGGAUAUGCUCGUCAAGCAGGUGGAAGCCAAGCGCCAGCAGUACGAAUCGUUGCAGCACGAUUACGUGGCGCUGCAAUGCCUGCACGAACAGCUGAGCAGCGACUACGAUGCGCUGAACGGUGAAAAGGAACUGCUAAAGAACACCAUUCGUGACCUGAAGACGGAAAAUCGAGAUUAUCGCGAACGGACGGUAGCGCUCGAGCGCAAGAUCGAAGAACUGCAGGCAGAACUGCACUCGAUGAAGGAUGGGUUGACGAAUUUGAACAAUCUGCGGGCGGAGCACUCCAAACUGAAGGAUGAUUUCCGGUGUCUGUUCACGACCAGCGAGCGGCUUAAGCAAGACUACAAGAACUGUCACGAUCAGUAUCGUGCGUUCCGGACAGAGAACAGUCGGCUGAAGCUGCGCAACACAGAGCUGUCUGGUGAGCUGACGAACAAAAAGGAGCAAAUCAGCAAUCUGGAGAUUGAGUACACCAAAAUAAACCAAAGAUGCGAGAUGUUGCUAAACAUGAACGCCAGUUUAGACAUCGAUCGACGCACGCUGAUGGACCACGUGUCCCAGAUUCUCGCCCAGUAUCAGGAGCUGUUGGCCCACUCUCUGGAAGACAAGCAGCAUUACCAUGACGAGGAGAAGAAUUUCACCGAUAAGCUGAACAAUCUGAAUCGUCAGAAGGAAAAACUGGAGGAGAAAAUAAUGGAACACUACCGCAAGCUCGACAGUUGUUCACCGAAAAAGAAACCUUUCGGGCUGAAUCUGGUAAAGAAAAUGCGUCGAGCUGGAUCGGAACUGAUGAACCGUGUCCCAAAUAGGAACCGCCGUUCCUGGGUGGAAGAACAACGUCUCACCCAAAGCCAGUGUCUUUCGAUGGGCUCCGAAUCGGGUGGCAACGAAUCGGACAACAGUAUUGAAGAGCCCAAUUCGGUCGCAUCCGAUACGAACUUGCUGCAGCGUGGUUCCCAACUGCGCCAAAGUCUCCAGAGAAAGCCAAACAAUGAGGCGCUGAAUGCGACAUUGCUCCGGGGAGGAAUUCGCAGCAGUUUACAGGCAUCCCGACGAGAUGAGGUGAAUCCCGCGCACCGUAACAGUUUCCAGGGGUUUGAUACGGCAACUGAUGCAUUGAAUCUUGGCACGGCUGGCACGCGCCGUACGGUGUACCUGGAUGAUAAAAUCGUCAACUCCGGCUCAAGCACACCUACCGGUGGCGUGGCCGUAAAUCCGUCUCCUCCACCAUCCAUCUCAACGCCACCACCUCCGCCUCCGCCCCGUACAGAUCAAAAUAGUGGCCCAAAUCAUAGCACAACCAACACCGCCAGCCAAUCGAAUUCACCCGGAGAGCCUACGUUCGUAUUGCUGAACAGAAUUUCCACCACAACGACAACGCUAAAGACGGAGACCACAUCAAACUUGUUGCCUGGUGGCGCCCAACAGAUGGAGGUGAGCGGCAACCCGUCCGGGGCACCAAAUUCGACGGCACUUUGUGGAAUGGAGGACAGCAACAAGAAGGAUUCGAAUGGAAACAACAGCAAGAAGAAAACGGAACCGAAGAACAGAGAUAGUGCGAUAUGGUACGAGUAUGGAUGUGUUUGAGAAGACGUGCAGGCGCGAACAGACCCAAUGCAAGCAUUUAUUUGAAAACGAAGCAUUGCAACACAGAAAACAUAUACGAGCAGUAUUGUAGUGAGGCAGAGUGGGAAAGGAUAAGAUGGCCUAGCAUUUUCGACUGACGGCGCAUUUUGCUGACAAUGAAGAAGAAAGGAUAUUGGAUAAAAUUCCGCUAUGAAGGGGCGGAUGUACACUUUCUUAACGCUGAGCGGCAGAACGUUUGUUCGUUCAUUCCGCACUAGCAUAUUUACCCAGUUAACAAGUGCUUUAACAUAAUACCACACAUACAAAUUAUUGGCAUAGCGCGGCGUAGGCAGUGUGGAUGGAAGAAGGCAGCAAAGUUUUCUUUAAAUAAGUCGAAUUACCGACUCGAACGUAUGUACGUAUCGAAUCACGCCGUCGUGAUCGGAUGAGCAACCGUGACUCACCCCUUUAUCCCAAGUGCUUAAUCGUAAUCUCCCAUACAACGAAUCAUUUGCUGUAUUACGAAACAUUAGGAAUCUCUUAAAAAGUAUCUCCAAGUUAAUUCUUUUAUACACAUUGCUAUAACUGUUGCAUAAAUUUCCUCUCUAUUUUCGGUUAAUGUACGAACGUAGAUUAUAAGGUUUGUGUCGCAUUAAUAUGAUUGCUGCCCUUCGGCCUUGUUAUUGGGCUCGAUUUAAUUGAAAAGUGGCCACCAAUCAACCAACCAACCAACGAAUACCACUAACAAAUUUUCGUUUUGUCUUGUGAUAACAUGUAACCGCUUAUGUUGCUCAUUACCAUCCAGUUUUUUUGUUUUUGUAGAACUUUAUUCCCUACGGAAUUACAACCCCAGACGGAUCGGAUACUCAUGUUUUAUCGUCGUGUUGUGUAACAAUAUUCUUUUUCAUACAGAGUUCCGCCUCAACAAAUCAAAAUUAUACCACUAGGAUAGCAUGCUUCCUUUUUUACAUUGAGGACAUAAAAUAGGACGCGUUUAUUAGAAUAUGGAUCGCGUUUUGCUUGGAAACGAAAGUAGUAAAGUAAGAUUCACCAUCAUGCCGUUAUUAGCAUUUGUAUUUAAUCCUUUUUAGGUACUAAUGAAAGUAUCCGGAAGGAUGGGAGUGA